AUGUCGGCCUCAAACUCAGACUCAAGGGUAGAACACAUCCACUCAACAACAAUGCCAACACCAUCGGCAACCCAACCCCUCCUCCAAACAACCCCCGGAAAGCGCAUCGCCCUUCCCAUCCGCGUCGAGCCCAAAGUCUUUUUCGCCAACGAGCGCACCUUCCUCUCCUGGCUCAACUUUACAGUCCUCCUCGGAUCGCUCGCCAUCGGUCUCUUGAACUUUGGUGAUCGUGUUGGUCGUAUCUCGGCCGGAGUUUUCACGUUUGUGGCUAUGGUCGUUAUGAUCUAUGCUUUGGCUACGUUCCAUUGGAGGGCUGAUCGAAUCAGGAAGAGGUUACCUGGUCCUUAUGAUGAUCGCUUUGGACCGACCGCGCUGUGUGUCUUUAUCUUGGCUGCCAUCUUGAUCAACUUUGGACUGAAAUUCAGUGAUAACGGCAUCUAA